AUGCACAUGGUAUCAUUUUCUACUGAGCGACGUCCGUAAGCCAACAGUUGGAGUUUGACGCAUGCACAUCUUUGCUGAUAAAGGCUCCGCCUUUUUGUAGACAACCCAUCACUUGGCAGAAAGUGAAGUCCGUGAUCCGUGUGCGUUCACACUGAAGCAGAGUCGCCGUCAAAAUCGGUGAACUAUUUGGCAGUAUUUCCGCGAGGUAAGUCGUGAUGAAUUCCCUGUUGACGGUUACUAUCUCCAAUUUUCUUGCAACGUUUACCCGCUACUAUAUUCUGGUCACAUGGAAUAGAAGCAGACAAGCAGCGGAAGCGAUUAGAAUCCACGGUUGCACGCCCAUCCCCAGGAUCCUAAGCCGAAACCCAAUCUUGGCCUUUGAUUUUUUUAUCCAAGUGCAAAAGACGGACGCCGCAGGACGUCGUUCAGAUGUAUACAGAGCACUUCGUCAAAAAUAUGGACAAACUUUCUUGAUGGAUUCAUUGGGUAAUGAGCUUGAAACAUCCCAGCCAGAGAUUAUCCAAGGGAUAUGUACAAUAGAAUUUAACGCCUGGGGCGUCGGUCCCAUGAGGGGACCAUUGGACCCCUUCUUCUUGGUCCCGGUAUCUCUACAUGUAUUUCAAACAAAGGGUAAAGAAAUGUCUGUGCUCAAAUGACUAACUGUUAAUCAAUUCUAGAAGACGGUGGUCUCUGGAAGCAUUCGAGGUCACUCGUUCAACCGACCUUCAGCAGAGCUGAGAUUGCGGAUUUGGAUGAUUUUGAAUGGCACGUUGCGCGCUCUUGACUCACAUCCCAAAAGACGGCUCAGCCUUUAACAUGCCCCCCUCCUAAAAUAACUGGUCGGUAAUUCUGAUGACACCCCCGCAUGAAUCAAAUAUAGAUGAAGCAAGAAACAAACUGCCUCGACUUUUGUAGUUCCUUGAUACAUCAACAGAAUGCCUUGCUCAGCAAACGCCUGUUGAGACGGACAUUUUCACGAAACCGUUUAACGAAUCUAUUUUGAGGCUGGCAUUGCUUCUCAUCUUUAAACCUAUUCAAUGACCACUUUACUCCGAUCCUUGGUGGAAAGAAGUCUGCACCAAUGUCCACGCGUUCGUUGCAAACGUAAA